CUCCUUGUCACUUUUCCUGCAGUGCCUCCUAAGCCAGCACACCUUCAGAGUCCGGUGACGGACAUCUCCUUACCUCUGGCUGCUGGAACGUCACCCAUCAGUCACAACAUGGAGGGAGGAGGAGUAGGAGGAGGAAUAGGGAAGGGCCUAGUGUCCAACCUCAUCAGUCGCUUUGAGGAGAACAGUCACACAGACAUUCGGAGGGAGGGCGCUCCUCUGAAGCAGGUCAGCAGAUCUCCUAACUGCAGCCCGGCUCACAAAAACUACCAGAGACAGACGGAGAAGCCCACAGAGCCCGGCUCUCCUGUGAACAGCCCACGCCAUGCUCUCAAACCCCCCAAUGGGUUUCUAACCCAAAAGAAGAGAGAGCAGGACAUGAAUCAGGACAUGGACGGAAUUACGCACGACACAGUUCCAGCAAUGAGGACCGACAGCAAGGGACUGCUGAACGGAGAUGCCGGCGAUGUAGCUAAGAGGGAAAUUAUAGACCAGGACUGUGUGGAUCCACCUCACGCUCAUAUAGAACGGACCGAAGAUGUGGAGAGGAACGCGCCGGAGCAGAGUGACGUUGUGAUGAACAGCAUCCCAGAGCAGAAGGAAACUAAUGAGCAGAAGCUCUAUAAGAUAGCAAAUGAACUUCUGCAGACAGAGAAGGCUUAUGUUGCGCGACUCAACUUAUUAGAUAAGGUGUUUUAUGCCAAGCUGUUAGAAGAAGCAAGAAAAGAAACGUUCCCCAUGGAUGUGGUGAAAAACAUCUUCUCCAACAUCUCUUCCAUUAAUACCUUCCACAGCCAGUUCCUCCUGCCUGACCUGGAAAAACGCAUGGGAGAAUGGUAAGACAUUUUUCCUCAAACGUCGACACCUCGCAUUGGGGACAUCCUACAGAAGCUCACCCCCUUUCUGAAGAUGUACGCUGAAUAUGUGAGGAACUUUGAUCACGCCAUGGAUCUGCUGAAGCAAUGGACGGACCGAUCGCCUCCGUUUAAAGCCAUCAUUGUGGAAAUCCAGAGUCAAGACGUGUGCGGAAGCCUGACGCUGCAGCACCACAUGUUGGAGCCGGUUCAGAGAGUGCCGCGAUACGAGAUGCUGCUUAAAGACUAUCUGAAGAAACUUCCUCAGGAUCACAUAGACCGGCGGGAUGCUGAAAAGUCUUUAGAGAUCAUUGCCAUGGCUGCCACUCAUUCCAACACUGCCAUUAGAAAAACAGAAAACCUAAAGAAAUUGCUGGAGAUUUACGAGAUGCUGGGGGAGGAAGAGGACAUUGUGAACCCUUCAAACGAGUUAAUAAAAGAGGGUCAUAUUCUGAAGCUGGCCGCUAGAAACACUUCAGCCAUGGACAGAUAUCUCUUCCUAUUCAACAACAUGCUGCUGUACUGCGUUCCAAAGUUCAGCUUGGUGGGACAGAAGUUUACGGUUCGCACACGUAUCGGCAUCGACGGCAUGAAUGUGACGGAGACGUACAACGAUGAUUAUCCUCACACCUUUCAGGUUUCAGGGAAGGAACGGACACUGGAGCUGCAGGCCAGCUCUGAACAGGAUAAAGUAAGCUGGAUUAAGGCGUUCCAGCAGACCAUUGAAAUCUUUCAGCAGAAGAACGAAACAUUCAAAUCAGCCUCUAAAGAAGUGGCGGAUGAGGUUUCUAAAGAGGAGCUGGGGAAGAGAGCCCCGCGCUGGAUUCGGGACAAUGAAGUGACCAUGUGCAUGAAAUGCAAGGAGCCCUUCAACCCUCUGACCCGCAGGAGACAUCACUGCAGGGCAUGCGGAUAUGUUGUGUGUUAUAAAUGUUCGGACUACAAGGCAUCGCUGAGGUACGACAGCAACAAAUUAAACAAGGUUUGUAAAGACUGUUACUUCAUUCUGACUGGAAGAGUGGACUCUGAGGAGCCGGUCAGCGGGAAGAAAAGGGGAAUUCUUGAGAUUGAAGCAGCUCAGGUCUCAGGAAACAGUUUUCUUUGUGGCUUUCUGCAGUACAGUACAGACCGAACAAAACCGUGUCAAAGGGUCUGGUGUGUAAUUCCCCAGCACGACGCGCUCGUUCUUUACCUCUACGGCGCUCCACAGGAUGUCAAAGCCCAGUGUACCAUACCGCUUCUGGGUUACCAGGUUGAGGACGUCCAGCGCUCUGUGGAUCAUCCUCCCACCAGCUUCCGUCUGUGCCAGUCCAAAUCUGUCCACUGCUUCACUGCCGACACGGAGGAAAUGAAACUGCGCUGGCUAAAAGUGAUCCGCAAAGCUGUGAUCGGUGAGACGCCCGAAUGCCAGACGCCGGUCGAUGACCUCGCCAACGGUUGCCAUGAAGGCACGCCUGAUGGCACCUUAAAAGACAAGGCAGUUUUCUAGCUUUUGCAUUAUGCGUGUAACUCGGCGGAAUAGAAAUUGUUCAUUAGGAUGUGAAACCUUCCAGAACAGGUUGGAUUUAUUUGGGAGCGUAUAAGUAGAUAUGCCUUUUUAAUGUAUUAUAAUGUCAACCACAAUCAGACAGUAAAAACAUUCAGUGUGUGAUUAUUUAAAUCAAUAACUCAGUUUACGAAAGUUUGUUCGCAGACCAAUCUCAGCAAAGUCUGAAUAAUGCUUUGCGAUGUAUUAGCCUUUCUCUUUGUGACGUUUUUAAAUUUGUAUAUGCUGUUUGUCGUUUUCAAUGUCUCUAAGAUUCAUGCACUUUAUUGCUUUUUGUAAAGUAGGCCAUUAACAUUAAAAUGAAUGAAUAAGAACUGAA